AAAAAGUAUCGAUACUAUCGGUAUUGCCAUCGAGUGUGUGUCAAGUCUUUUGUCAAUUGCCUUUCUUCUAUGCUAACCAAUUGUUUAAAGUGACUUCGAAUCGAUAUGGGUUCAUACAUAAAUUUAGUGUUUUUGUUAGCUACUUUUUCUGCUGUUCAUUCCUAUAUAGAAUAUGAUGCUUGGAUUAAUGUGGAACUUCACCAUGCACUUGACAGCGAUGACCCGGAUAUCUUUAAAUAUAGAGCAAAUAUUACAAUACCCAGUCUAAAUUCAGGUUUGUCAAAUGUAGUUCAAGAAGAUUUGUCCAACGAGGAUGUAGAGAAGAUCAAGUCUCUUGCAGUAAAAAAUGGAUUUUAUCGUAUGAAAGCAAUCGUUGAAUAUCCCAAUGGUGUAAAAAGAACUUUUUCAACUGCAAACAAGGCUUGCAGUAUUUUGAGCGCACAGCUUAAUGACGAACUUUGGAUUGCAAUUGAUGGUAGUGGUUUCGUUAAUGCAAUCACUCUGUCGACCUCAGGAGUGGAUAUAAAUGAAUGUUCAUUAUUUGACUUUAGUUUAUCAACAAGACAAUAUAACACUGAAGUUCUGAUAAAACAUACCGAAUUGGCUCCGGUUGCGGAUACGGCUUCAUUCAUUCAAAAAAUUGAACGUGAACGUGAAGCUAGGGAACGAGGUGAAGUAAAGGAUAAUCGUGGCUUCUUCGCGAAAUACUGGAUUUACAUCGUACCUGUUGUAAUACUACUAUUUGUGUCGGGCGCAGCAAAUCCUGAUCAGCAGAAGUAAAAUUCACAUCAAAAUUAAAAUAUCCUGUAAUAGUUAAAAUAAAUUUCGUUAGCACUAAAA